GCAAGAUAAAAAAGGCCAGUUAGGUACCUAAGGCUCUUUUACCGCGCAUGUGGAGAUUCAUAAAUUGGAGAUCUCCCUGUCAAAAUGCCUCAAAUACCAUUUCGCUAUCCACAAAAAAUGGGUUCUCUAUCCCGUACCCCGAGGAAUCGCCGUACCUUUUGCCGAUCUGAUCCGAAGUCCAACCGAAGGGGGGGGGAAAGCGAGCGUGAGGAGUACAGACGGAGGACAUCAUUUCGAAACCAAGUCAGAUCGAGUAGCACGGGUCAAUUGACUGAGAGAAUUGGCUGGCAUGAAGAAAUCAGAACCCAUUGGGUGGAGAGCAUACCGUUACUAGGUACAGAUCUGCUCGAUCAGACUAUAUGGCAGUCUAAGCUCGCUCUACCGUUUCCGCAAAGAAUUGAAACAGUUGGACUACUGCUCCUACAAACCAACACGACCGUCUUAUGAGAUUGCGAAGAAAAAUGCUCAUAUUCUGAUUCCUGUCAGAAUGCGGUGCACGUUCAGCAUUUGGAGCAUUCCCAAGUAUGUUUCUACUACUGUUAUAAUAUUGACCCAGU